AUGAAGACGCCAGUUUAUUUUUUGAGCCAUGGUGGCCCCAACAUCAUGUACGAUUCUGAACACCCGGCAUACAAGGAAUUGGGCAGGAUAGGUCGCGAAAUUACCGGCAAGGUCAAGCCUCGCGCUGUUGUGGUGUUCUCGGCACACUGGCAAGCAGGCCGUGACACCGUCCAAGUGAACACAGCCGAGAUUACGGAUUUAAUUUACGAUUUUUAUGGCUUCCCAAGCCACUACUAUAAAGAGAAGUUUCCCAACGUGGGUAGCAGAGAGGUUUCCACCAAGGUGCUGGACGCACUCAAGCAGGCAGGAAUCAAGGCCGAAGGAGUCAAGAGAGGGCUGGACCACGGAGUAUGGGUGAGCUUUAAAUGUGCAUUCGAGCCUGAAUCCAAUCCGUUGAAUGUCCCCAUUGUGCAAGUUUCUCUGUUUAAUUCCGAAGACCCCAUGCAGCACUAUCGCUUAGGAGAAGCAGUAUCGAAACUCCGCGAGGAAAAUAUUCUGAUCAUUGUAUCUGGCAUGGCUGUCCACAAUCUCCGGGAUUUGCGGUUCACUUUUGGGGAUCCUCGGCCUAUGCCUUAUGCAGCUAGUUUCGAUGAGGCACUGAAAGAUGCAGUUACCAAGGACCCUGCGGAAAGAGCACAAGCAAUGGCUGAUUUACUGAAGCGAGGGGAUGCUCGACAAGCCCACCCGUCCUUUGAACACCUUCUCCCGAUCCACAUUGGUGCUGGGGCCGCCGGAGAAGACCAGGGAAAGAGACUAUGGACCCUGCCUGAGGGAAGUAUGAGUUGGGCGCAGUAUAGAUUCGGCGGACUGGACAACUCUAGUAGCUCUCUAUAG